GUAUUUGGGUUUGGGAUGAGGCUCUUCUCUUGUUACCACAGGGCGGCUAGGGUUUUACUUAUCUUUUUUUCUCUGUUGUGAUCUGUUUUAUUUCUUACUAGACUUCACUGAGAAAUUAAGAUGGAAGAGUUGUUGUUGAUGAAAUGAGAUAGGGUUUAGAUUGAGAUUCUGAUUGAAUUGGCGUAACACAUAAUUAGGGUUCUGGAUUAAAGAGGGAUCGGUGACCAAAAUGGCAAGCAUGAACCCUUUUGAUUUGUUGGGUGAUGACGCAGAGGACCCAUCUCAGCAAAUUGUGGCUGAGCAGCUCAAGGUUGUCACUGCUGCUCCUAAGAAACCUCAGACGCAGCCCAACAAACCUGCUCAGCUUCCUUCCAAGCCAACCCCUCCUGCUCAGGCUGUGAGGGAGGCAAGAAGUGACUCUUCACGUGGUGGACGUGGUGGUGGACGUGGAAGUGGACGUGGUCGUGGCCGCGGAGGCAGUGGUUUCAACAGAGACUACUCCAAUGAUGAUAAUUCAUUUCCUCCCCAUGCUGGUCAAGGUGCUCUUGAUGGAGAGAGUGGGAGGUCUUCAGAAAGGUCUGGCUAUGGUGGGCCUCGCGGUCCUUAUCGUGGUGGUCGUGGGGGACGUGGAGGUUUUGGUGAUGGGGAAGCUGGUGAAGAUGGGCAACCACGACGAGUCUAUGAACGUCGCAGUGGGACUGGACGCGGAAAUGAAUUCAAACGGGAAGGUUAUGGGAGAGGGAACUGGGGACUACCAACUGAUGAACUUGCCCAGGCAACUGAUGAAGUAAAUGAAACUGCUAAGAAUUUUGGCGAAGAAAAGCCUUCAGGUGAUAACGAUGUUGCUGCUGAUGGAAACAAGGAGAAUCCUGCUAAUGAGGCUGAAGAAAAAGAGCCUGAGGAUAAGGAAAUGACUCUGGAGGAAUAUGAAAAAGUACUAGAAGAGAGAAGGAAGGCUUUGCAAGCACUUAAAACUGAGGAGAGAAAGGUGGAUACCAAAGUUUUUGAAUCCAUGCAGCAGCUGUCAAACAAGAAAGACAAUGAUGACAUCUUUAUUAAGCUGGGAUCUGAUAAGGAUAAGCGCAAAGACACUCUUGAGAAGGAAGAGAAAGCCAAGAAGUCUGUCAGCAUCAACGAGUUUCUGAAGCCACCAGAGGGUGAAAGCUUCUACAGCGCAGGUGGACGUGGGCGUGGUCGAGGACGUGGUGCAAGAGGUGGUUAUGGUGGCUAUCCAAACGCCAACGUUCCAGCUCCAUCAAUUGAAGAUCCUGGGCAAUUCCCUACUUUGGGUGUCAAGUGAGCAUUUCAGUACUGUGCUGACAUUUUUAUGUACCUUGUCUCAAUUUUGGUUCUCUGCUUUGAAGCAGGAAAAAAAACUAUGGUAAUUGGAUUUCCUGUAUGGGCAGGUUUUUAAUUUAAUUUAACGUCUUAAAAUGUAAAUUUAGAUUGUUUCUUUGUGCCCCUUAUUUCCUUAUAUAGACGAAACGCAUCCCCUGUUGUUAUGUUUUA